UGUGACCGCGGUCCGUCCUCUCCAGCCUCCACUUGAAGCAGUGUGUAUUCGUAGUAAGGGUCGCUCCGUCCUGCUGCUGCCGCCGCAAACACUGCUGCUGAUGGAGGAUUGGAAGCAGUUCCUGGCGGCUCUGUGCGCCGCCGCCGCCGCCGGGGUCCUCUCCAUAAUAUUCGUGCUAAGAUGGGCUCUCCACUAUAAGGAAGGUUUAGCCUGGGAUGGAGGACUGGCCGAGUUCAACUGGCAUCCGGUCUUAAUAGUGACCGGGUUUAUUUUCUUGCAGGGAAUAGCCAUCAUUGUCUACAGACUCCCCUGGACCUGGAAGUGCAGCAAACUAAUAAUGAAGUUCAUCCAUGCAGGCUUGAACUUACUGGCCUUCAUUCUCGCCGUCAUAUCUAUGGUGGCAGUUUUUGACUUCCACAAUGCUGCCAAAAUCCCCAACAUGUACAGUCUGCACAGCUGGCUGGGCCUGAUAGCUGUGAUACUGUACUGUCUGCAGCUUGUUCUUGGAGUUGUCCUGUACUUGAUACCAAUUACACCUGUAUCCUGGAGAGCAGCGUUUAUGCCCCUCCAUGUCUUCAGUGGUCUUCUACUCUUUGGCAGUGUUAUAGCCGUGGCACUCAUGGGCAUCACUGAGAAACUCAUUUUUGGCCUGAGCAACCCAAAGUACAAGGACUCUCCCCCAGAGGCGAUUUUUGUGAACGUUCUGGGACUCCUGUUAGUGGUCUUUGGAGCUCUUAUCCUCUGGAUUGCCACUCGAACGUCUUGGAAACGCCCAAGUGACCAGAUCUUGCAUACCCGGCAUACCAAUGGGGGAGGUGAGGACAACAGCAAAGUCGGUCCAGCCAUGUCUCAGCUGUCCGAUGGAAGUGAUGCUGAGACCUGCGGGGACAUCAGGAGGAGGAGUAACAAACUAGAUGAUCAGGCUGACUAAUUACAAAAUACCUGACUUGGAACUGAUACUGUCUCGAGUGUUGAAUGUAUGUACACCCAGUCCACACUGGUCAGAGAAAGACAAGAUGAAGAAAUCUAAUUUAGCUGGUCUUUAUAUACAUAACUUUCUCUGCUGCACCUUAAAGUAUUUAAUCUUAAUGGCAUUUUUUUGGGCAACAUUUAAAUGUAAUUGUUGUGGGAGUACACUUUAUUGACAUACACUGUAAAAUGAUUCAUUCCUAUACUCUUUGUAUUCUGACUCUUGGGUCUAUAUUUUACAAUAAAUAUUUGCAUCUUCUAACAAGCA